AUGGAGAAGAAAAGAAAACGAGAACAAGAACAAGAAGAAAGUCGGUUACAACAUCAGUUAGUUCUGGUACUAGCUUUUGUUAUUGGCUUUGUUGUUAUGGACCCUUUUGAAAUGAGCCCGGUUGGUGGGCAAGAUUUUAAACCCGUGAGACACAAUAUUGCACCAUAUGACCAAGUGAUGGGAAAUUGGCCAGGUGACAAUCUUAGUCGGUUAGGACUUGGAAACUUAGAGUUUGUAGAUCAAGUUUUUGGACCCGAGUCAUUGGAGUUUGAUCCGCUAGGACAUGGUCCAUAUAGUGGCUUAGCUGACGGCCGGAUUGUAAAAUGGUCAGAAGUAACUAGAAGAUGGGAAACAUUCGCUCUCGUUUCACAAAAUUGGACAGAAAAGUUAUGCGCGACAGGAAAAGACUCAACAACAUACAAGCAAUGGAAAAAGGAGGAGACGUGUGGGAGACCGCUUGGAUUGAGGUUUGACAAAGGUAGCGGAAAUCUGUACAUUGCUGAUGCGUAUUAUGGACUUAUGGUUGUCGGUCCCAAUGGUGGAUUAGCUAGACCAUUGGCCACUGAGAUCGACGGGCAACCCAUACUCUUUGCAAAUGACCUUGAUCUUCAUAGUAAUGGCUCCAUAUUCUUUACAGAUACCAGCAGGAAGUACAAUAGAGUGAGACAUUUCUUUAUAAUGUUGGAAGGAGAAUCAACAGGAAGACUCCUUAGAUAUGACCCUCCUACAAAAUCAACUCAUGUUGUAUUAGAUGGGCUGGCCUUCCCAAAUGGGGUUCAAUUGUCAAAGGACCAAUCUUUUCUUCUAUUCACUGAGACUACAAAUUGCAGGCUUAUGAAGUUAUGGAUAGAGGGUGAAAAGAAGGGCAGCGUCGAGCUAGUGGCAAACUUGCCUGGUUUUCCAGACAAUAUAAGGAUAAACGAUAAGGGACAAUUUUGGGUGGCUAUUGAUUGUUGUAGAACUAAACCUCAAGAAGUCUUGACAAAUAAUCCAUGGAUGAGGAGUCUAUAUUUUCGACUUCCUUUGAGGAUGCAAGAUUUGGCCCGGUUGAUGGGAAUGAAAAUGUACUCGGUGAUCACCCUUUUCGGCGAACAAGGGGAGAUCUUGGAUGUUCUUGAAGACAAACAAGGUGUUGUGAUGAAACUAGUAAGUGAAGUUAGGGAAGCCAAAGGGAUGUUGUGGAUAGGCACUGUGGCACAUAAUCACAUUGCAACUUUACCUUACCCUUGA